AUAAAUAAAGAUGACAAAAAUAAUUUGCCAGAAGUCAGCGAACGAGUGGCUGUUAAACAAAUGGGUGCCAGAAAUAAAGCUAGUAAACAAGUAGACAAUGGAAAUAUUGUUGUUGAACAAAUAGGUAAUGGAAAUAAAGCUAUUGAACAAGUAAAUGAUGGGAAUAAAGCUGUAGAACGAAUGGAUAAUGGAAAUAAUGUUAGUGAACGAGUUGACAAUAAAAAUAAUACUGGUAAACUAGUAGAUGAUAGUAAUGGAAAUUGUUUGUUAGAUGCUGAUGAACGAAUAAGUGAUUGUAGUGAUGCUGGUGAGCAAUUGAAUGGCAAUUUCAAACAAUUAGUUAAUGUUAGUAAGCAAUUAGUUGAUAUUGGACAAUUAGUUGAUAUUGAUGAACAAUCAGAAGAUGCUAAUAGAAGCCACAUGUUGGAUGCUAAUGAACAAUCUGAUAAUAUGAACUAU